AUGAAUGAUUUAAUAGAACUUCGGGAAAAAGUCAAAAUAACAGUUGACAGUAACCACAACGAUGAAUCACAUUCGUCCACAAAAUAUACUGCUUUGCCGUCUUCCAGCAGCGCUAUCGAUAUUACGACUUCUAAAAAAAUAAAUCCACCGAGAUGGAAUACACUAGAAUUUUAUUUCUAUUAUCUAGUUUUUGCCAUAUGUGUUCCGAUGAUGUUUAAGAUUGCUAUUGAUUUGAGUAAAGAUUCGCAUCCAAAUUAUCCGUUAUAUGCGAAAAGAUUACAGAAAGGAUGGAUAUUUGGCCGCAAAGUGGAUAACAGCGAUGCCCAAUUCGCAAGCUUACGCGACAACUAUCCAGUCCUAGCAAUCGCAUUAGUUGGUUAUCUAAUCCUGUCUCACAUAUAUCGAUUAUUCUUCAUUCCGAGAGCUCCAAUAAAACAACCAUCACAACAUCUUGGACGUGCAUACUUCUUUUUAGGAUUUGCUUUGAUCUUCAAGGGCUCGAAAAUAAACAUUGUUCUCACGUGGAUGUUUAAUUUGGUUGUGAUUUUUUGUAAUGAUCAUUAUAAUGGAUAUGCGUUUUCGAUGAUCGACGAACGAUUGGCAUUUUUGGAUAAAAAUCAGGGUCAAAUGAAGAGAUGGUUUAUCACUUUUAAUAUAUGUAUGUUACGUAUGGUUUCUUAUAACAUGGAUUAUUAUUGGUCCUUUCAUCAUAACAAUGUAGGCCUGAAUGAGAGAAAUGAUAGAGAUCAUGCUCCGCUCACGAUAAAAGAUCGAAUAAAACAUUCUUGCUUUCCUGGAGAUUAUAAUUAUGUGUAUUAUUUGAGUUAUAUACUGUAUACUCCAUUGUAUAUGGCUGGUCCAAUUCUUACGUAUAAUGAUUAUAUCUCACAGUUGAGAUACCCACAUAAAAUCAACAUAAAAGCAACCUUUUUAUAUGGAAUAAGAUUGAUUGCUGCAGUGCUUGGUAUGGAAUUGAUGCUUCAUUAUAUAUAUGUUGUGGCGAUUAGUCAAUCGAGAGCGUGGAUAGGAGAUACGCCAGCUCAAUUGAGCAUGAUUGGGUAUUUUAAUUUGAAAUUAAUUUGGUUAAAGUUAUUAAUUAUAUGGCGAUUUUUCCGAUUUUGGGCGAUGGCAGAUGGCAUGGAGGUAGCCGAGAACAUGACUCGAUGUAUGAGUAAUAAUUAUUCGGCUCAAGGAUUUUGGAGAUCCUGGCAUCGAAGCUUUAAUCUUUGGAAUAUUCGUUAUAUUUAUAUCCCGCUGGGUGGGAGCAAACGUCAAAUUUUAAACAUCUUGAUAGUAUUCACGUUUGUCGCCUUAUGGCAUGAUAUAUCAUUACGCCUAUUAGCUUGGUCAUGGCUGAUUUGGCUAUUUAUUCUUCCGGAAAGUUUUGCGCAAAAAAUAUUUUUAAUUAAAAAGUGGGAUAAAACACCAUAUUAUCGACACAUUUGUGCCGCCGGGGGCGUAUUUAAUAUUCUAAUGAUGAUGAUUGCAAAUUUGGUUGGAUUCUCGGUUGGAUUGGAUGGACUCAAGGAUUUGUUGACGCAAAUCUUUUUGACGAUUCAUGCGUUAUUUGUUGGUGUGCAAAUAAUGUUUGAGAUUAGGGAGGAGGAGGCUCGAAAAAAUAUUAAUACCAAAGGGUGA